AUGACCAAAUUCCACUUCCUCGUCCUUCUCCUCUUCGCCACCCUCCUCCACCCCACCUCUGCCGAGAUCAAGAAUCUCAAGAUCACAUCCGACUCACGGCCUAUGAUCCUCUUCGAGAGAUUCGGUUUUACACACACUGGCCAAGCCACCAUUUCCGUCUCCUCCGUUUCCGUCAUUUCCUCUCUUUCCUCGCCGGAACCCUCCCGACUUGGAUUCUUUCUUCUCUCCGAAGAAUCCCUUAUUCAGGUCCUUGUUGAACUCCAGCAGAACCCUUCUUUCUGCGUUCUCAGUUCCAAGUACAUUCAUCUUCUCUUCACCUUCCAAGACCUGUCCCCGCCGCCUCAGUCCUCCUUCGACCACACUUACCCCAUUACCUCCCCCAAUGAAUACUCACUUUUCUUUGCCAAUUGUGCCCCCGAAUCCACUGUUUCCAUGGACGUUCACACUGAGCUUUACAAUCUUGACGGCCGAGGCCGAGUCAAGGAUUUUCUAUCUGCUGGGCUAACUCAAUUGCCGACCAUGUAUUCCUUCUUUUCAUUACUUUAUUUUGCUUUCUUUGCUUUCUGGGUUUACUUUUGUUUGCAGAACAAAAAAUCAGUUCACCGAAUCCAUGCUCUUAUGGGGGCUUUGGUGAUUAUUAAGGCCUUGAAUUUGCUCAGUGCCGCAGAGGAUAAGCAUUAUGUGAAAGUUACUGGCACCCCACAUGGGUGGGACAUUUUGUUUUACAUAUUUCAGUUUAUUAGGGUGGUGCUGUUGUUUACCGUUAUCGUUUUGAUUGGUACUGGGUGGUCGUUCUUGAAGCCCUUCUUGCAGGAGAAGGAGAAGAAGGUGUUGAUGAUUGUGAUUCCGUUACAGGUGUUGGCAAAUGUAGCCUCCAUUGUGAUUGGCGAGACAGGCCCAUUUAUCAAAGAUUGGGUGACUUGGAAUCAAUUGUUUCUGUUGGUGGAUAUUAUAUGUUGCUGUGCAAUUAUUUUCCCAAUUGUGUGGUCAAUUAGGUCAUUGAAGGAGACCUCAAAGACUGAUGGGAAGGCUGCAAGGAACUUGGCGAAAUUGACCCUUUUUAGGCAAUUUUACGUUGUAGUGAUUGGGUACUUGUACUUCACGAGGAUUGUGGUGUUUGCGCUCAGGACUAUUGCUGCCUACAAGUACCAGUGGGUGGCGAAUGCAACCGAGGAGUGUGCAAGUCUCGCCUUUUAUGCUGUGAUCUUUUACAUGUUUCGGCCAGUUGAGAAGAAUGAAUACUUUGUGCUUGAUGACGAGGAGGAAGAGGCAGCAGAGAUGGCUCUUCGGGAAGAAGAGUUUGAGCUUUGA